AUGGAAGCUUUCUAUGACGAAUAUCUCAAGAUUUUAGGGGCUAUUCGAUAUACUGCUGGCUCCAUCUGGUAUAGAGACCUCAAGCGGCAAAUAACAGAAGUCGAGCAGUACAUUCAGUCAAAACCUCAAAAUUUUGAUCUGAAAAAAGCCCUUGUUCCAAUAUGGACGGCCAUGGACCAGAACCCAGUAUUCCAAAACAUUGUUCUUGAAGGUCUAACAACUGUUUGCAAGCUUCAGAAGAUUCCAGCUCUCGUUUUCUUAAAAAUUAUCGAUGUUUUAAACAAAAUACAGCCAAAUCCACAAGACGGAUCUAUUCCAAAAAUGUGCGAACUUGCAUUGGCACUGUAUAGAAAUCACAAUGCUCAAUACACUCUUCAUGGUUUGUAUCUUCGUAAUUUUUUCGGUGUCUUUUUCAAAAUUUUUUCGAUAAUUGAGCAGCCAGAUCUUCUUGCUGGCGUACGCGAUGUCAUAAAAGAAAUAACAAACAAUCUUUUCCAAUCAUAUGGUCAACCAGUACCAAUUAAGCGAUCAGCCAACAUGUCAACCUAUGCAAAAAAUAUCGUAUACACUCUUUCACAAAAUUCCGCUCACAUUCGGAAAUUCUUACGUCCUGUUAUCACUACAGGAGAUUAUUCAGUUACUAUCUACGAUUGUGACUUAUACGUCUUACUUAGUUUGAUUGCCAAAUGCAUAGAGGCUCGUGUAAACAUCAAUUCAAGCCGCUAUUCCUUAGUUGUUCUGUUAUAUGCAUUUGAUGUUCACGGAAACAACGCAUUUUUCAAGUCUACCACCUUCAAAUAUCUUCUACAGAACCAACUUCACGUUGCCUUCCUCUCAAUGUUCUUAAAAGGCCAAAUUGAGCAUCAAUUUUCGACAGUUUCGAUUCUAAAGACUGUUUGGUCUAAGUUUGCCGAUUUCUAUCAAGAUGGUCUAUACGAAAUCCUUACUAAAGGAUUAGCAACAACAAUGAAAUCUCCCGACCCAGAAAUUGUUGCCCACGCGUUAAAAGUCUACCACGAAAUGUCAACAUUACCCCAGUUUUUCGUUGAUAUCUUCGUAAACUACGACUGUGACUGCAAUGGAAUAUAUACCAACGCAUUUCAAGACUGUUUUGAGAAGAUUGUGUCCUUAUCGUAUCCGGAUAUGCCUGUUAGACAAGACCAGCUCGACGCUCUUGAGAUUGUCGUUGAAAUUUUGCAAUCAAUGUGGACAUAUUUCUCAAACUUCGAAGUUUCAACCGAAAACGUCGAAGCCCCACAAGACUUUCUUGAAGCCAAGAAGACAAAGGCCAAACUGGACAUUGGUCUUGAGAUUUUCAAGAAAUCAUCCAAAAAAGGUGUUGCUUUCUUUAUCCAGGAAGGAUUUACCAACGACGAUCCUGCUUCCAUUGCCAAGUUCUUCCACAAUACGCACUCCCUUAACCCUACUUCCGUUGGAGAAUAUCUUGGAACAAAAGAUAAUAUCGAAGUUCUCAAGGAAUACGUUGAAAUCUUCAACUUCAAGGGCAUGUCCUUUGAACAAGCAUUUCGAAUGUUCCUUCAGAGCUUCACAAUUCCAGGAGAAGCCCAAAUGAUCGACAGAUUCAUGGAACAGUUCGGUACAAAGUACUACAACGACAAUCCCGGCACUUUCUCAUGCGCUGACACCUGUUACAUGUUGGCUUUUUCAGCUUUGAUGUUGAAUACAGAUUCUCAUAACAAAGCCAUCAAAAACCACAUGACAUUUCCACAAUUUGUUGCAAAUAACAGGAACUUAGACAAUGGAAAAGAUCUUCAUGAAGAUUUCCUAAGAGAAUUAUACAACGGAAUCACUUCAAAAGAGAUUUGUGUACUUCCAAAUUCUGUUCCAAGUUUAUCUCUACUAACACUUGAACAGAGAUCUGAAUUAUAUAAUAUGCAAUGUGCACAAAUGAUUGAAGAUGCCAAGGAUAAAUCUAGAAUAACAGAUCAUUCAUUCCAUCACUCCGAAUCACCUCUUUUCAUUGGUCCAAUGUUCCAAUCGAUAUGGGGAGGAGCUUUGGGAGCAUUGACAAUGACAUUGCAACAAAGUGAUGAUCCUAGUGUUUAUAAUCUUUGUUUGAAAGGAUUGACAUUGGCUGUACACAUCGCUUCUCAUUGUUUCGUUGAAAAUGCAUUGGAUACAUUGGUUGAUUCAUUCUCUAAAUUCACUAAUUUGAGAAAGAAUUUGUCAGAAGUCCAACCAAAGAAUAUCCAAUGUACGAAUGCAUUGUUGAGGAUAGCUAUUGAAGAUAAGAAUUUCUUACGUGGUGCAUGGGAAAUUGUUUUAGCAGAGAUCUCAGCAUUGGACAGAAAGAAAGAUGAUUUGUCGAGUGCAGAUACUACAUUGAUUGAUGAAUUGUUUAUGGCAACAGAUACAUUGGACAGAGAAUCUAUUGCAGACUUCUUGAAAUCAUUAGUUUCGGUUUCUAAAUCAGAAUUAUCAGAAAAAGAACCACGAAAAUUCUCAUUACAACAAUUAGCAGUUGUUGCACAUUUCAACAUGAAACGACCACGUUUUAUUUGGGUUGCUAUUUGGGGCACAAUUGGUGAACAUUUGUCUAGUGUUGGUACAUCAGAUAAUGAGAACAUGGCAGACAUCACUAUCGACAUUUUGCGACAAUUGGCUAUCAAAUUCAUGAAUGAAGAAGAAUUGUCACAAUUCCAUUUCCAAGAACAUUUCAUGAAACCAUUCCAAUACAUCUUCGAACGUCAGAAACUUCAAGGCCCAAAGCGAUUAGUCAUCGACUGCAUCACUAUGCUUGCAAGAGAGUUAGGUCUUAAACUUAAGUCCGGAUGGGCAACAGUUAUUUCUAUUGUUGCAUCUGCUAGUAAAGAGAGCAAAGAUGUUAGUGAACCAGCAUUGGAUUUGCUUAAGUUUAUUAUCAAUGAAAGUUUGAGUUCAGUUGUUGACUACAAUGUUUCAUUGAACAACGCAAUCAAUGCAUACGAAUCAGCAUUGACAAAAGAAGUUGCAGAUGAAUACCGAUCUAAAGUCAAUUCCGCAGUUCAAUCUAAGAAAGAAAAGAAUAAGAAAUAA